AAGUUGAAGAUUUCCCGGGAUGUGAAACAACCUUCUUCUUUGCCGGUGUUUUGCCAGCCUUUGUCCCCCUCUCUCUCUCACUUUCUCUCUCCAUUUCACAUUCGGCUCAAUCCCAAAUUCCAUGUCAUUUCUUGAACGUAAUAAUAAUGGCGGAACCCUAGAAUCAAAUUAAACCCCCCCCCCCAAAACGCUUGCCCCAUAAUUCUCCAACGUUCCUUUCAAUAAAGGCGCGGGGUCUCCUCCAUUCAAUUCCCAUUUCCCAAAUUUCAAUUUUAAAAGAAUAAGUACAAUAAUUACCAAAAGAUUUUCUGGGGUUGAAGUUUUAUAGUAUAAAAAUCCCCAGAUUUCAACUGAGUUCUUAUGUAACUUGCACAUUUUGGUCAGAAAAUCAAGAAAAUGGCGUCGAAUAUUGGGAUGAUGGACGGUGCUUAUUUUGUUGGCAGGAAUGAAAUUUUGCAAUGGAUCAAUAACAGCCUUCAACUUAAUCUCUCUAAAAUUGAAGAGGCUGCAUCUGGUGCAGUGCAAUGUCAAAUGAUGGACAUGACCUUUCCAGGAGUUGUUCCCAUGCACAAGGUAAACUUCGAUGGCAAGACAGAAUAUGAUUUCAUCCAGAAUUAUAAGAUUUUGCAAGAUGUUUUCAGCAAGCUGAAAAUCAACAAGCAUAUUGACGUCAACAAGCUAGUCAAAGCUCGAACUUUGGACAAUCUGGAGUUUCUGCAGUGGUUGAAGCGCUAUUGUGAUUCCAUCAAUGGUGGAAUUAUGAAUGAGAACUAUGACCCUGUAGAACGAAGAUGUAAGGGUGGAAAUCGGCCUUUGAGGACCACGCAGAAGAAUUCAAAGUCCAUGCACGGAAACAAUAUGCAUAAUUCUGUAUCCAGUGACAGAGUUGCUCCUAGAAAAACUACUGGCCUCAAACAAGGGAAGGCACCUUCCCCUGCUGUUGGGGAAGACUCUUCAGAAGAAAUCGAGGUUCUGUCUCAGGAGGUUACCGAGCUAAAGCUUUCUGUGGACCUGCUGGAAAAAGAAAGAGACUUCUACUUUGGGAAACUGAGGGAUAUUGAAAUGCUUUGUCAGGCUUCUGAAGCGGAUAAACUGCCGAUGGCUGCUGCUAUCAAGAAGAUACUAUACGCUGCUGAUGAGAAAGAAUCUGCGCUCGGUGAAGCUCAGCAGCUUCUGUCAGGACCCCCUGAUUCCCGUGUAGCUGAUCCUGAGGAAGAGGAUCAAAAUGCAGACUGGUGUGCUGUAGACUUUGGAACAUAAUUCUGAAGAUUUGUCCAAAUUUAUGUUCCCUUCAUUAUAACCAUGUACGGGGAGUAUGCAUCAGUGACUAACAACAUAUCAUCAAUGGAACUAUAUAUAGUUUCUUUAUCAGAAAACUCUUUUGUACUUUGUUUUUGAUUACAGAGUACGGCAGUACCGAGUAUAUGGAAAUCACCUUAAAGAUUUGGUGUUUUUCAGUAAAUCUGUAAACCACCUUACUGGGUAAUUUUUUUACAUAAAAUACCAUGGAAGGACUAUUAUACUCGUAAUGUGGGGAUGUACAAGAAUAGAAACGCGGUGUAUUAAAAACGAGCUGAGGGAGUAUAAAUUGAAAUAAUUGAAUGGAGAAGGCAGGGAAAAUUAGACAGACUGUUUUCUUUAUA